AUGGGAGGAAUUUUGGGGAUUUUGGGAAUGGGAGGAAUUUUGGGGAUUUUGGGUCUGGGAAUGGGAGGAAUUUUGGGAAUUGUGGGAAUGGGAGGAAUUUUGUGAAUUCUGUGUCCCCCCCCCCAGACAAGCGCGCCCUGUUCAUCAUCUGCACCUCGGAGCUGGGACCCCAAAUCUACGAGCUGGUGGCGCUGACGUCCUCGGAGAAAAACACGUGGAUGCAGCUGCUGGAGCAGGCUGUUCAAGGAGCCACCCGGAGCCUCGCGGGGCCACCAAAGCAGGGACAGAGGGACGGCAGCGGGAACGGCAGCCUGCUGCUGCCGGACCCCGCCGUGUCCCCGGAGCUGGCCCGAGACACCGAGCCCGAGGAUUGCUGCUCAGCCGGCAGUGACCCCGAGCCCUCGGCCCGGGCGCGGCCGCUGCAGGAGCUGCUGGAGGAGCCGCGCGGGCCCGGGGACCCCGACACGGGGGACCCUGAGCUGGGGGACCCCGACCCCGGCCCGGAGGGUCCCGACCCCGGCCCGAGCGCCCCCACGUGCCCGGGGACUGCUGGGGUGGCCGAGGCAGCGCUGGAGCACGUGGAGACCCUGCGGCUCCUGAUUGUCCGGAGGCUCCGGCCGGAUGGACAGACGCCCACGGCCGGACGGGGCAGUGACCGUCCAGUGUCCGGCCGGGAAUUCCCAACGUCCGGCCAGGAAUUCCCAACGUCCAGCCGGGAAUUCCCAGUGUCCAGCCAGGAAUUCCCAGUGUCCAGCCAGGAAUUCCCAGUGAUGUCCAGUCGGGAGUUCCCAAUGUCCAGCCAGGAAUUCCCAACGCCCGGCCAGGACUCGGCCACGUCCGGCCGGGAUUCCGGGAUGUCCAGCCGGGAAUUCCCGGUGUCCAGCCAGGACUCGGUGAUGUCCAGUCAGGAUUCCGGGAUGUCCAGCCGGGAAUUCCCAAUGUCCAGCCAGGAUUCCGGGAUGUCCAGCCGGGAAUUCCCAAUGUCCAGCCAGGAUUCCGGGACGUCCAGCUGGGAAUUCUCAGGGUCCGGCCGGGAAUUCCCGGUGUCCAGCCAGGACUCGGUGAUGUCCAGUCAGGAAUUCCCGGUGUCCAGCCAGGACUCGGCCACGUCCGGCUGGGAAUUCCCAGUGUCCGGCCGGGAUUCCGGGAUGUCCAGCCAGGAAUUCCCAAUGUCCAGCCAGGAAGGGCCGGAGGGGCCGGAGCAAAACGGGAUCCGAAUCAACCGGAAAGCCCAGGAGGAGGGGCCGGAUGAGGCCACGCCCCCGCGCGGCUGCAGCCAAUCAGAGCCCGAGCUGCGGGAAGGAGGCGGAGCCAGCGCCGAGGGGAAUUUCUUCUACCUGAGCCUCCCCUCGGGACCCCCCCGGCCGGGAGGGGACAGCGGGGACACCUCUGGGGACAUUGGGGACAGCUCUGAGGACACCAGGGACACCAGGGACAGCACCAGGGACACCCAUGGGGACACCAGGGACAGCCCCGGGGACAUCGGGGACACUCCUGGAGACAUCCCCGGGGACACCGAGCUGAUCCUGGGGACCCUGGAGGAGCUGCGGGAGAAACUGCUGAGCCUGAGGGCCAUGGAAGCCGCUCACCGGCAGCUGCUGCGCUCGCUGGGCUGGGGCGACGCCAACACCGUCCCCAACACCGUCCCCAGCAAUGUCCCCAACAAUGUCCCCAACAAUGUCCCCAGCACCGUCCCCAACAAUGUCCCCAACGCCGUCCCCGGUGUCCCCCGGCGGGCCCCGGCGCCCCCCAGCCCCCGGCGCUCGCCCCAGGCCCCGCGGGCACACGGGGGACACCCGGGGGGACACCCGGGGGGACACCCGGGGGGACACGGUGGCACCGCUGCCGCCCCCGGCGCAGGCUCCGACGGCCCCGCCCCCCUCUAACCCGGCGGGGGGGGAUGGGCUGGAAUUUCCCUCCCCUCCCCCACCCCCCCCCGGGAAUUGCGGCGGGAAUUCCGCCCGGACAGACGGACAGACGGACAAAUGCACUUUGUUGGGAAUUGCCCCUUUUUGCCCCAAAUCCCCUAUAAAUAUGUACGUACCCCCCCCAAUGCUGUAAAUACCCCCGGGUGACAAUCGGGGGGACACGGUGACAAUCGGGGGGUGGCGCCGUCCCCCCAAAGCCCAGGCUUUGCCCCAAAUCCCGGGUUUUGCCCCCAAACCCGGGCCCAAUAUAAAUAUUAUAAAUACAGAGCCCGGGGGGCGCUGCAAGCUGGGCAGGGUCCCCGGCCUGGAGUCGUU